AUGAACUUCCUUGUUGAGGACAGAAGAGUUACUCCAUAUUUCACUCUUAGAAGAAUCAGUGUGGAUGUGGAUAGUUUCUCCAGUUUCCUGCACCAGCUCACCCUCUUCGCGGUCUUCCUUACACUGUACUUGUUAACCCUGGUGGGCAAAGUCAUCAUUGUGACCAUCUUCACUCUGGACCACCACCUCCACAAGCCCAUGUACUUAUCAGCAUACUGCCAGCUUCAAAGAACAUACUGGCAUCAUCCAUAUGCUAAUUACGUUCAUCAGCUUCAGCUGCAUUCUAAUUACUUCCCAAAAUCCCCAAAUUGUGUCACAACAACUCUUCAUGGGCAAGACGACCUACACAGGGUAUUGGCCAGUGGUUCCUGGAGCAUCAGACUGAAUAUAGCCAUCCUGCAGGUGAUGCAAAGCCUGCCCUUCUGCAAAGCCAACAUCACCUCCCACUUCUUUUGUGACAUCUGGCCCCUGAUGGAGCCAGCCUGUGCCAACACCACUAUCAAAGAAUUCAUCACACUAUUCAUUAGUCUGUACAUCCUUGCCCUGCCCAUAAUCCUUAUCUCCAUCUUCUCUGUUCUGAUUAUCAUCACCAUUCUCAUAAUUGCCUCUGUCAAGGGUAUAAAAAAAAGCUUUUGUCACCUCCCCUUCCCACUUCCCACCAUAGUCAUCAUCCACUAUAGCUAUACCUCCUUCAUCUACCUUAAGUCCAAGUCCAAGUCCCAGAACUCCCUGCUGCACAGGCUCAUCUCUGUGACCUACACUGCCAUGUCCCUGCUCAAACCUGUCAUGUUCAGCCUGAGGGACAAAGUCAAGGAAGCCGUGCUCAGAGCUUUGGGCAGAAAGUUCCUCUCCUGA